AUGUCGUAUCAGCCAGCUAUCAUGAGUGCGUCCUUAGGGCGCGCUUGGCUCCACGAUCUCGACUACAAAAUCGAACAGGCUGCAAAAGCAGGCUUCAAGGGUAUCGAGAUCUUCUAUGAGGAUUUGGAAUAUAUGGCUAGAAAGACCUCCAAAAACAAUUCUCCCGAUUCAAAUCACAUACUCGAGGCAGCUAAUCAUGUUCGCGCAAUCUGCCAAGCUCAAAGACUUGAAAUCAUCUGUAUGCAGCCCUUCCUCUUCUAUGAGGGUCUCAAAGAUAGAGAGCAGCAUGAUAAAUUGAUUGAGAAAAUGAAACUUUGGCUCAAGAUAGUCAAGAAUCUCGGCACAGACACCAUUCAGAUCCCUGCCAACUUUUUACCUGCAGAGCAGUUGACCGAUGACCUUGACGUCCAUUCUGCUGAUCUUCGGCAAUUGGCGGAUAUGGGCGCGGCUGAAAACCCCUCUAUUCGUUUUGCAUAUGAAAACCUAUGCUGGAGCACCUACGUCGAUACCUGGGAGAAGACAUGGGAUAUGGUCAAGCGUGUCGACCGACCUAACUUCGGCCUUUGUCUUGACACGUUUAACAUUGCCGGCCAUAUUUGGGCAGAUCCCGCCUCUCUUACAGGCAAAACUCCGACUGCAGAUGCGGAUUUCAAAGCAUCAAUCGAUCGAAUGAUCAAAUAG